GGGGUGGGAGUGAGGGUGGAAGCCACCCCGUCGGGUCGCGGGCAACGGGUGCCGCAGUAUUGGGUGGGUCAGACAACGCAACGAUCCUGUACAGGGCCACACGGCCCUGCAUACACCCCCAAACGCAUCUUUCACGCAUCUAACAAUAUCGAUUUUCCUUAAUUGAUGCCCUAAUCAAAUGUUUUCAGUAACUAAAUGUUCAAAUUACUUAUAGUGCAUCGUUGAAGUUACUAAACUAGGUAUUCAAAAUGCUUUACCCUUGCUGAGUGAAUUAGCAAUACGAUACCGUUGCUACAGCUCGUUCCCCGUCGGAAUGCAAGGGCGGACGAUAGUCCGGGGUGGAAUGAGUUGUUUUCUGUUGUGAAUCACAUUUUACUCCCAACAUUUUGGCUGCUGGACGCACUAUUGAAUAAGAGCAGCAGUCACCAUGGAAGUUGCAAUGCCAGUGCCUGGCAGCGCAAUUGAUUGUUACGAGGAUAUGUUUAAAGAGAUUACCCGAAAAUUGUAUGGUGAAGAUGGACUUCCGGAUUUGUCAACGACCGAACGAAUACCUUCUUCCGGCACUGAUCGAGGAUUGACGCCAAUUGAUUACGAAGUUGAUGGUCCAAUACUCAAACCUGAAGAACAUCUAACCGCUUUUGGGUUAGCUGCUCUGAUGCAGAAUGGCUUUCCUGCAAGUGGGAUUUUAAACACCACAUUUCCUACCCACAAAGCGACUAUGGGAUUGGCUUUAGCUGCAUCUCCACAACUGGAAGAUAAGUGGGUUAACAGCGAAGAACCUUUGCAGUGGACGCAGUCCAAAGUGGCAACCUACAACCCUUCACAAAAGCUUUUUAGGUGCUCAGAUUGUGAAUCGGUUGGCUACUUAAAUAGAGUGGCAGAGCAUUGGUUAGGAACACACUCAAAUUUAAGAGCUUUCCACUGCCCACAGUGCUCGUAUGAGAGCGCAUGGGCAAGAUGUGUAAGAAUACACUUAGGACGACAACACAAUAUUAAUAUAGAUGAGUCGUGUGAUGUAUUAACCAAGGAUAAUCCAGUUCUUCAAGAAAUAAUUAAAUACCUGCAGAGAUUAAAGAACAAACUGGACACUGGGGUGACGUCUAAAUCCACCUCCACUAGCAUGAUUAAUCAGACAGUAACCACAGACGAAUUUCAAAACAUGACAUCGCCAAGCAAUAUCCAAGCAAAUUUAACCCAGUCAAGUACCAAUACUUUAGGGAAUAGCACAGAUACCAACGUGGCUUCAAAUAAAAGGUACAGUUGCACUUACUGCCCUUAUGCGACAGAUCGACGAGAUUUGUUCACCAGACAUGAAAAUAUUCAUAGAGAAGAAAAGCCUUUUCAGUGCUACGUAUGUCAGAAACAGUUCAACAGGGCGGAUCAUGUAAAAAAACAUUUUCUAAGGAUGCACCGCGAUCAUCCAUAUGACUUGAACAGAAUUCGAAGACAUCCUCCCAAAAACGCAUCAGGCAUGAGUUAUUACCAGAAAUACAACUCCAAUUCAACAGUGGUUCAACCAGAUGCUAUAAGCACUUUAUCGACAAUUAGCUCUUUGAGCAUACCUGGAUACAACGGAAUGACCAGGAGUUCGUCUUCAGUUCCCGGUAUUCGUCAGUCAGACGUGAAAACCUUGAGCAAACCAACAACGUUGACCUCGAAAAGCAGUAAGAAAAAAGGCGAAAAACGGUUCACUUGUUGCUACUGCUCUUGGUCUGGAGUAGACAAUUGGUGUCUUAAAAGACACAUGAAUACGCAUCUGAAGCCAUUUGUGUGCGGUUUGUGUGAUUAUAAGGCUGCCAGAUCAGAACGGCUGGCAACACAUGUUUUGAAAGUUCACAAUAAAAGAGUUUGUGCUAAAUGCAACUUCUUAGCUGAUGAUUCGACACAGUUGACAGCCCAUCAACAAGAACAACACCCAUUGGAGUCACGGAACAGAGCAUUAUCCGGGAUGUCUUCCGGAUCAUCUUCUAGUAAUAUUGCAAUUGGUGCCACCAGCAACAUACUAAGAUCUAAUGGAUUUAACAGCGGCUCGUCGACACCCAUUGCAACUGUGACUUCAACAAAUGGUGCCAACAAUACUAAUAGCAGUACAACAACAUGCAGUUCUGCCCAGAGUAUCAUUAAAAAUGCGGACCUGACGGCUGCAGCAGCUCAGAUACUGCAACAUAAUCGAUUUCUCCAAAAUGAAGUGAAAUCAUGGAAAUGUCAGUUACCAAAACAGCAUGGUGCUGCGCGGUUGUUUAGCUAUAUGGAAGCAAGCGAUGGAUCAGAUCCAGAAUCUGAGUCUCAACCGCGGAGUAGUACAGCGGAAAAUAUGACUAGCAGGGUAAAUUUAACGCAUAGAAUCCAGUCGGAUUUUCUUGAGGCGGGAGGUGUGGAAUUAAGCCACCCGGAAGCAGAAGAAGAAAUAGGAGGAGAAGAAACAGAACUUCCCUUGUUCGUCUGCCACACGUGCGGAUGCGAGUUUGAAGACGAUUUAUCAUUGGAGACCCAUCAGUAUACGCAUCGCCACGUUACCGCAUCUCCCGCUAAAAGUGAGGAUACGAAGGAAAAUGUUGAUCCUUAUAGAAAAUAUUGCUGUAAGUUAUGUGAUGCUUCAUUUGAAAAUCAAAGUAGUAUAAUAUCACAUAUGGCAAUUCAUACCAACUUGACAGCUAAGCCAGUCGUAUUACCCACUCCUUUAAAUAUUUGUAAAAGAAGCAGAAAACAAAGUAAGCCGAAGAAGGUAGUGAUUCCGUAUUGGGAUUCGGAUGAAGUGGAAGUUUUGAGACACUUGAAUGGUAAACUUAGAAAAUGGAAAGGAUAUUUAUCAUCUGAGGCCUCGACCGGCGUCAGCAAGCUUGUAGAUAAAUACAUGGCACAACUUGUAACUAAAAGAGGUUUAACCUGUAAAAUUUGCAGAUAUUCAGGAAUUAGCCGCUAUCACACCAGAACUUCAUUAGCAUUACAUCAUUACUGGAAACACUCAACCAAAAGAUUUUCCUGUGAACAUUGCAACAUGACUUUCAAACAUCGAUACCAAACCAUAUUACAUUCCAGUAGAAUUCAUACAGAACAAAAUCAGCCAUUGCCUCUUCCGUUACCUCAUGGUAAUAAAAUUAAUGUUAUCAGCAAUUUAACAGUUGCGUUACCCCAAAUUAAAGAGGCCACUCAUGUUUCCUUAGAGAACGUUUCUGCAGCGGACAUUAACUCUUUCACCAAUUUUUUUAAUACUCAUAAUGUUGCUGUACCUGAAGCUAAUCUGUCAAAUGCCCAUAAGCUUGGGAUGUCAUUUUUUGACCAUUCGUUUAUUCAGAAUAACGUCAAUAGUCAUAUGCCCAUUAUCAUACCAACUUUUCAGCCGAAUUAGUUUUCCAAUUUUAGUUUAACUAGGUUUCAAUUAACUAGAAAUAUUUUUCUUGUGCACAAAACCUUUUCUCUUUUACUUUUUUAUUGUGUAUUUUGUAAAACUCUCCAAUGUAUUAAUCAGCUUUUUAUAUAUUUCAAAGAGCUUGUAUAUAGUAGUAAGUCUUUUCAAAUGUACAAAAUCGUUAUUUGUUUGCACGUAUCAAGUACCUAAUGUUCAUCAUAGAAACGUUAUACCUGACAUGCUUUAAAAUCGUCUGAUUUAAUUUUGUAUAUUACAUUGUGCAAUUACUGGUAAAAUUAGGGGCUGUCAUCUAUCCAACUUUAUUCGUUUCAUUCAUAACCACAAGUCUUGAUGAAGCUAGCGGAAUACGUUUACAAACUCGGGUAAGGUUUUUUAUACAUAAAUAUUACGAAGCUAAUAUUCGAUCAAAAAGUGACCUUCCAAACAUUUUUGAAUAGAGCUCUGUAUAGUGGUACUGUUACCGAAAAUUUAGAAUAUAUUUUAUUAAUGUAACAUAUUAAAAACUCAAUUAAAUUUUCGGUGGCAGAAAAGAUACUGACAUUUUUAUAAAAACGUACGAAUAUAAUAGUAGAUAUGAUGCAGUUAAGUUAUUCUGUGCAAUACCUUUUGUUAUAUCAUAAUAUAUUUGAAUACUAUUUUGUUAUUAA